AUGACGUACCGAGAAAGACUGCUCUAUCAUGGUCUUCUGUACAAAGAUUAUUUCUUAGAUAAUCCUACGUUCCGAGAGAAGACUUUUAGACGCAGGUUUCAGAUGAGGCGACCAAUAUUUCUUCGCAUAAUGAACGCUGUUGAGGAACAUGACGAUUAUUUUGUGCAAAAGUGGAACGCAGCCGCUGAUGCUUUGGACGAGUACAUUCGUAUUGGUGAGAGCACCACUCUAGAAGCAUUGAGAAAGUUUGUAGUUGCUGUUGUCGAGAUUUUUGGACCCGAGUACUUGAGGAUGCCUAAUGAACAGGAUACCGCUAGGUUACUUGCAAUUGGAGUGAGCAGAGGAUUUCCUGGUAUGCUUGGGUCUAUAGAUUGUAUGCAUUGGAGUUGGAAAAAUUGUCCUACUGCAUGGCAUGGGAUGUACCGGGGACAUAAAAAGAAGCCAACAAUUAUACUGGAAGCAGUAGCAUCUAAAGAUCUAUGGAUAUGGCAUGCUUUCUUUGGUAUGCCUGGCUCACAUAAUGACAUAAAUGUGCUUCAAAGAUCUCCUAUAUUUGCAAGGCUUGCUGAGGGGGAAGGUCCACGAGUUAAUUAUAGCAUCAAUGGACAUGAUUAUUUGUUGGGCUAUUAUCUAGCAGAUGGCAUAUAUCCGUCAUGGGCAACCUUUGUUAAGACCAUUCCGGAG